ACAUGCUUAUGAAAUUAAAAUGCUCUAAAUAGUUAAAUUAAACAUAAAUUAUUUUCAAGAGCAACACCUGGAGUACUUUAAAUGGUAUACUUUGAGAUGGAAACUGUUUCAGGCAGUUUGUCGCGAAGUGAGCCUAGUUUCGGUUUUGCACGAGCUUCUCAAGUGCGAGGCCGGCUGAUUACUUUGAUGUCGGCCGCAGAAGCAGGUGCACUGGUGCUCACAGUAUCUUCAGUGAAUUAAAACAUUCGUCUAACUCUUUAAAAAAAUAUUUGCUCCGACGGGCGCCCUUCAGCAAAAGGCUAUAACUCAACCAGACAAAGAAAAAUCCAUGAAAAUGCCAUCGAACAAUGCCGAAGAAACUGCUCUGCUUGGUAUGGACGACAUCGAACUUCGCAACAUCCAACUGCAGUUCCCGAGUGCUCGCCGGUUUAGUGGAGAAGCCGCUUGUACUGAGGUGCGGGUGCGCACUGACCGCGGCGACAUCCUCGUCGCUGUGCAAGGAGACCGUAACAAGCCCGCCAUCAUAACCUAUCAUGACCUCGGCCUCAACUACUCGUCAUUUCAACCGUUCUUCGGAUACGUCGAUAUGAGGGCUCUGCUCGAAAACUUUUGCGUGUACCAUGUCAACGCUCCAGGCCAAGAGGAAGGCGCCCCGAGCUUGCCGGAAGACUAUAUGUAUCCAUCGAUGGACGAGUUGGCGAAUCAACUGAACUACGUCAUGGGCCACUUCGGCAUCAAGACCUUUAUAGGAUUCGGCGUGGGCGCUGGAGCGAACGUGCUUGCUAGAUUCGCUCUUAUCCACCCUAAGAAGGUAGAUGCGCUGACAUUGAUCAACUGCACAUCGAACCAGGCCGGAUGGAUCGAGUGGGCUUACCAGAAGAUGAACACUCGGUCCCUUCGUUCCCGUGGCAUGACCCAGGGCGUGCUGGACUACCUUUUGUGGCAUCAUUUCGGACGUUUCCCCGAAGACCGCAACCACGAUCUGACCCAGAUGUACAAGAACUAUUUCACACGUAACGUGAACCCCAGCAACCUGUCGAUGUUCAUUGAGGCGUACGUGCGGCGCUCCGACCUGGGUAUAUGCCGUAACGCCGACACCAUCAAGGUGCCGGUGUUGAACAUCACGGGUGCUCUGUCACCUCACGUAGACGACACGGUGACCUUCAACGGACGUCUCAACCCGAACAAUUCGACUUGGAUGAAGAUCUCCGACUGCGCAAUGGUGCUUGAAGAGCAGCCAAGCAAGAUUUCGGAGGCAUUCCGCCUCUUCUUACAGGGCGAGGGCUAUGUGGCGCCUCUCUCGCCGACUAAGAUCGUUGCAUUCCGUCGGCUGUCGGACGCAGAGCGGCGUCGUCCGUGCCGCCACUCCUCUGUGAUUCGCAUCACCGAGAACCCUAUCUCGGAGGCGGUCGUCUGUUAGGAAUCCUCGCAGGGACUUGGGCUCGCGGGGGGCUCGCGCAUCUUACACCCUCACUUCUACUUGCUAAGGCUUCGCUUUCAUAUGGGCUAUACCUGGAUUGAGAAUUCCAGUAAAUGUACUUACGAAGAACGUUCGUUAGGCAAACGUUUAAAACUGAAGUAUUGUUGGUAAAUUUGAAAUGAAGACACAAAUAAAUGGCAUCUGGAAUUCUCCAUUUAAUUAUAGCAGUUUAGUUUAAUUACAAGUCCAUUGUUUUAAGAUCUGUUCUAUCAAUAAUUGUUUUAUGAGAUUAUUUUCAGUAUUAUUAUUUCGUAUUGGAAUAUUUUAAUAUGUAUGGUGAUUUUUGUUUUUGAUAUUAUAAUACUGUCAUGUUUCUUUACGAAUGUUCAGAAUUAACGUUUCCUCAUUGAUAAUUAGAUAAAAAGCAGACCCAGUGUGAAUGUCGUAAAGAAGUAAAGAAUAUUAACGAUUGACUUAAAACGUUUUUUCAUAGCAAUUUGAAUGUUAAGAAAUCCGCGUUAAAACAUCGCGAAUCGAAGCCCCCAUAGUUGAGACGAUUGCGAAUACACAUCAAGUAUCAGUUUGAAGAUUUAUGUACAUAUCUUCAAGAGAUGUGUUAAUGUAAUAAGUGCAGUAUUAUUCAGAACCUCAUACAUCAACCCUCUAAAAUCAUCGGAUUCAAAAUUAUUACGUCACAGAAGUAAUUAACGAACUGUUUUCUGUGAAAGCUACUGGUCGUUUACCCGUGAUGUCGUGACUGCAGAAACAAGACUCUAAUAGCUUUAAGCUAUGUCUAAAUUGCACUAUUAUAUUAACGAAUGAGAGGGGAUAGUGCAUGUUUUACACGAUUGCGUUUAUAGAAAAAUAAUUCACUGUAUACGUAGUUCACGAAAAGAGCAAACCGUUGUGUAAAACAUGCCUUUUAGGGUUGUGGUUACGUAUUAGGUAUGAGAAUCGCGAGCCAGUUGAGUUGUGGCAAGCUAAAUUUCUUACAGAGGUAAAUAUGACUUAAAAUAGUAUUCUCUUAAGUACAAUUCAGAUUGUAUGUGGUAAAAGCCGUGAUGAAAUCCGUGUGCUUAGUGCGAGUUUUUUAACGUUCUCGAUAGCGUAAAAGUUAACUAAAAUUUGUUAGAACAGCGCCCCUAGCGGCAAACGUAAGCAAACGUUCCAACUCCAUGCAAAUUCGAGUUAACUUUUACGCUAUCGAUAACGUUAAAAAAAUCGCACUAAGCACACUGAUGUAGCUACUAAUUUACCCAUCUGUAAGGAAAUUAACAUUAGGGAUAAGUGAUACAUGAGCUGCGCGGUCUGUACGCGUCCACAGAGUACUUAUGCACGAUUCAAAUUAUUUAAUAAAUACGUACAUUGUUUUUAUACAAGAACAAUGUGCAGAAUAUUCAAGUGCAGUAGUGGCAUGCGUACAGACUAAAUGAAGUUGCUGGGUGCUACGCUGUGACCAAGAAUGGAUUUUCAAAAUCUUUUUAAGGUAUUCACUUUAUUUUAGACUGUAUGUAUGUUUAUUGAAAGAUAACGAUGAUUUAUCGUUUCUUUUAUUAUUUCAGUUACAUUAAAAAAUUUUAAAAACUAAACUAAGUUACGUUGCGUACGAACGAUCUGAUAUUUUUAAUACAUGUUAAUUCAUUUUUACAUAUUAUAUACAAUUUGUUUUUUUUUUACUUAUUCGAAUUCAGUUGAAUCUAGUUUGUGAAUUGUACAUUUUUAUUUCGUAAGUAAACUUGCCGUUUGUUAUUUUGACAUGUUAUUAUUAUUAUUGAUCAUGUAGACUAUUUGCUGUUAUUGUGGCGAGUAUGUUCGUCGCCCGUGUACUAUUAGAGUGUGCCCAUGUUAGCGAGAUUGAUACGGCAUCGAUUUCCGGUCGAUGAACCAACAUUAAUUACGUGUCUGCUUUUCUUUGUAUCGUCGUAUAUAUCCAAGUGUGUUGUAAGAGUGAUUGACUUCACUUUAGUGUAAUACGAUUUGAUGUAUGUAGAUUUAACAACCAUCACACAUACGAAUGAUGUAGUAGUUUUAUGUUUAUCUCGGUAUGUGUGACGGGCAAGGAUAAUGCUUAGUAGAAUUAGAAGUUUUUAGAAGAUCUACUCGAAAUCCGUUUGUGACCUGAUUGCGUUUCAAAAUCUGAUCUGAUAAUCAAAUAAAAUUAUGAUUUAAUC